AUGUUCAGUAGUUACUCACUUAUGGGAUUCGGCGAUAGUCUCAUUAUGUGGCAAAUUAAUUCAAUUCAGAGAAGUAACAGUUUGGAUACAAAACAUCAAACUAAUGAAUCAGUUGACGAAGAAGAUGACAAUGAUCGAAUUGAAGCUGAAAAAUCAAAAAAGAAACGUGCUUUUAUUCGUGAUGAAAAUGGAGUUUGUAGACCAGGUGAAUUAGAUGAAGAUACAAAUAUGAGUAAAAAUCAUGAAUCACGAACAACUGUAGUAGAUCGUACAGCUGCAGAACGAAUUUCAUGUCGUUUGGUUCAACAGCGUAGUUUAGAUGUAAGUAAAAUAACAUGA